UAAUUUAGGUUUGGGUCAAGUUUAAGGGUAGAAAUCAAUUUAUUUUGGUGGUAGUUCGUGUUGUUUUUUUCACUGCGGGCUGUGCAGAACCUGUGCCGCAUAUUCAUUCAAUGCACUCGGGAACCUCUUUCGAUAUUGGUCUGAGCAUGCGCAGUCGGCCAUAACAACACAUCGCAAUGUUUCACCUAAAAUGGCAGCGAGUAGGCUUGAACGAGACGGCGAUGGGCUGAAAUUGGAUCCAAAUUUUGAGCUUUUGGCGAUACUUUUGGCCCUUGCUUUACAAGAAGAAGACGCAGAAAGGUUUCUAGAAGUAUAUGAUCACAUUGUUCCGAAAUCACUCUCGGGUUUUGAGGUGGAAGGUAUCAAAGACAGAGCUCGGGAAUUGUCCGACCUACCUAGAGAAACUCUCCUGGAACUGAAAGCUGCACAGGAGGAGAGUGAAGCUGCCCUUUCUUCAUCUCCAGGUGUUGGAUCUCUGGGCCGUUUUGCCAGUAGGCGCAUCACUGACGGUCUCCACCUGAGGACAUCAGAGACUGAACAACCCGACCAUCUGCCUCACGGGAAAUUUCAGUCCAAGUCAGGAGCUUUGCUGAAUCAGCGUCUGAAUGCCCAUGCACAGACAAGUCGGACUAGUCUUGAUGACCAAGACAGUGUCUCACAGAGGCAGGACCCAGUAAGUCACCAGGAGGAAGCCAGAGUUUAUUCAAGAGUGGAUGCUGAAAGCCAAACCGGUGCUUCUUACGUUAGGCAACACCGGCUUCCUCCAGCCUCUGAACAAUCACUGGACCAGAAAGCAAUCCCUGGAGCUGACUGCACCUCUGACCACUCGCCGGCAGCCAGGGACAAGAAUUCAAACCUAGACCCAAAUCAAUGGAGCACCAUGGCGUCUGCCACUGCACAUAACAAAGUGCAGAAGGCACGGACUACUAGUGUCAAACAGCACAAAAAGCUGUCUCUGCCGAAGAACCCCGCAACCAAUGCCCAAGACCAACAGCAGGUCCUUAUGAAUGGAGCCGCUGAAAGUGUGAAGAGCAGAACUCCUCAAUUUACUGAUAAGGAUAAACACUGUAUAAAAUCCAAACCACCUCAAACAGUUUCCGAUAUUGAAUUGUGUAAGGCUGAACAAAUUGCUAAAAUUCCCAAUUCAGUGUUCCAAUGUGGAAACUCUUUUUGUGAUAGCCACUGUGAAUUGGGAGACUACACAGAGGAGGAGAGGGCUGCCCUGAUACCAAAGUCGCCGCCAGUUCCUGACUCGCCACCGUUUAAGUCCCUGGAGGACAUCGGCCAUUCAGUUGGAGAACUCCUCACAAACAGUGAACAGCCAAAGAACACUACUUGUCCACCGCCACGGUUUUUGUCCACCACAACAGCAAGACUCGCAUAUCCCAAUUCAUCCGAUGGUAGCAUGGCUGCAAAAUAUGGCACAGUCCCGGUCUUAGAUACCUGUGCGAAUAGUGUGGUCAGUGACGAUGAUACUCACCGAGAGGAAAAGACAACUCGACCCAAAUUAGAUGCACUCGCCAAUCACCAGUUGCCUGAUUACACACCGGAGGACUUGACUCGUGUUAAUACUAAUUCUUUCAGUACUCCAGAAGUGCCUUCUCCUGUAAAUACAUUAGCCACACAUGUCAGUCCUUUGAAAGAGGAGCCUUGUGCUCCACUGGACAAGGAUGAAUUUGACAGUAACUUGGAGGAGCAGCCAAAAAGCAUUGAGAGCCAGUGGAAUGCCGCCAAGAAGAAGAAAAAGAAAAACAAGAAAAAGAAAGGAGCAGGAUCUGGUUUUGAAACCACAAACAUUAACAGUGUGAAGUUACCCGUCGGCGCCCCUCCCUUACCGCAGUCGCCCCCAGAGCUACGCAACAAACUCCAGCCAAAAGACUGGCAUACCACCUCAAAACUAACCACCACGUCUGCCAGUGAAAACUCUAGACACCCACCGAUGGUGUCGUCAGACAGUGUGACUUCUAGUGGGGAGUCGUCUACGGAUGGAGGCACAUGCAUGAACGAUGUCAACAGCCAACAACAUGCAGCCUCAGCAAGAAAAGAUGCUGUUGACUCCGCCGACAAUACCAGUCAAACUCCACAAAGCAACAACAAUGCCGUAGGGGACAGGGGCGCAGGUAAAACUGACUUAAAUAGCACAAAGGAUGUUGAUAUCCAGGAAAGUCUGUCGACAGAGCUUGAACCUGCCAACACUACCCCAGAGGCUGAUGUACAUAUUAAAGCUGAUAUUCAGCCUUGCAAUCAGUUUCUUUCAGAAGGUCAAGCUGUGCAACCUAGUCCAGGUCUUACUGUCAAAAGCGAUCCAAGCGAUUCUGACAGUGACAAGAACGAUACCAAGGUACACGUGGAACUGAAAGCGACAUAUGAACGACCAGUUACUGCUGGCAAACCACACAGUUUGAGCGAGCCAACAGCUAGCGCAGACGCCUCUGCUGACAAUGACGACAACCGCGAUUUCAUCAAAGUGGAGUCCAAGCGUUCCCUGCGCACCGCCAAGAAGCGUACUGUCGGCGCAAUGGAUGAUCACAGGUUUGUUCACCCAUCAGCGAGGUACAUGGACAGGGAGAGAGAUUAUUUCCGAAACAGGAACAUGCCUUCCGCUGGCUUGCGAAAAUCGAGUAGCGAGCCCACCGGAAUGUCCGAACUAGGUGACAAGGAUGGUGAAGACAUAGAAAACAAAACCAAGCCAAAAUAUCUUUCAGACAAUCCUACCAAGACGGACGUGAAUCUAACAUCCUCUGUGCCAACGGAAACCACCACAGUACCACGAUCUGAAUUUUCAUAUGCAAGCAAAGUGAAGUCCAAUAUGAAAACCUCUUCACUUCCACCAAAGCUCAAUCCACAGGUGCUUUUGGACUACGGAGAUGAUGAGCAUUCAGAAAACCCAGCCAGCAGCGAAAACUCGUCUGAUUCUGUGACUGGAAAUAAACCAGCGGCCAUGGAGUCCAAGGCCGUGCCUUCAGGAACAUCAGUACUAGAUAAGAACGAUGCGAGUGGAUCAGAUAAAAGUGAAUUGAUCACUGCACACUCUGCAAAAGAACAGUUUAUGAAAAACAAUAUUAGACCUGAGAACCAUUACAGUGUCUCUCGGGCAGUGAAGCAACCAGACGAUAGCAGUAAGGUAGGACAAGCCAGGAGCUUCCAGAGAAGUAGUUCAGUAGACAACAGUGGAGCGACAAAGAAAGUGUCAUUUGAUGAUAACUCUAUUAGACGUACAACAACCCCACAAGGCCCCGAGGCCAGUGUGCAAUAUUUAGACUUGACAUACGCAGGUCGUUUGAAAGGCCAACGCCCUGCUAUCUCCAAAGCUGCUGUAACUAACCCGCAGCCGCCGACCUCUGAUGCACAGAAGGUACACGUUGCAGGCCUCAAAGAUCUGAAAUCGCAACCACAGAGACUCAAACCAAAUGACAAGGAAGUGCUUAUUACCAGCAAAGCUAGUAUUGUACUCAGCACGAAAACACCAACCCAAAAUGACCUCAGUAGAGGAAUCGCUCAUGUCGCCAAACCAGCCAGUAGCCAUUUCGACUCUUCCGCAGACUUUAAGCCUGUUGAUCAGCCCACCAAUUUACAACCAAGAGCAGCUCAAGUUGCCCUUCCAUCCACUCUCGAGAGAAACGUCACCUCCUCUCCUACCCCUUCCGUUGGCUCUUCCACCUCCAAACCUCAUCCCGUCUUCGACUUGGAACCACAGGACAACUUUGACAUCACCUUUGGUUCGGUGAUUGUUCGCAAGGUUGGUUAUGAGAUCUUGCGUGAGGAGAGCUCAGCUGCCAAACGGGGAAGUCCUGUGAAAGAGCUCCUGUCUAAAAUCCCAGCAUCGGGGCAGCUUCCAACGCCACCAGGUCUGAGCUGUGCUGAACUAGAGAGAUCCUUCAUGAGUCAAGACUCCAGUCAGUCCACCGCUGUCAAAAUGGAUGAUGCAGCAGGAGGUGAUUCCGCAACGACCUUGGGCGUUAGCUUCGGCAAGUUUGACGGUGCCUGGGGUAUCAAAGCAGCCUUGGAGGGGAAGGAUGACAACAUGGGAGAUUUCAACCACUUAGAGGUGGCAGGAAUGCUACUUGCAGAAUGGCGCAAGACCCAGACGGAGAUCAGGCAGAAUAAAGUUCUUGUCAUAGAGUAGGAUACCUCGACCCCAGUCAGCGGCUGUUUCGUGCGCCACCAUCCGUAGAUCGGUCUGCACAACAGACUGUGAUGACAGCAUUGUCUACCAGCUCAUUUCUGACUACCCUCGGCCACACAAAACAGCAGCUCACAGACUGUUGAGGAAUUAGGUGGAAGGUGAGGAUCUUUCUCUCUCGAGUAUCUUCAUAAAAUUAAAACUAACAGGAAGAGCAGCAAUUGCUCAUUUAAACCAGUCUGUUGAAGAACUCCCCCAAAUUUGUUUUAAAAAAACCCCACUAAAUAUGACAGAAAAAAAAAAGAUUUUAUAAAAAUAUGUACUCGGCAUACACAACAAUAUAAUACAAAAAAAAAAUUAAAAUAAAACCAAUUCUUUUGUAUAAUACAUUACAAAUUUCUUUGUGUUGUGGCACUUCAAAUUUGGUGCUUGCUUUGAAUACAGUGUUUUUUAAAGUUGAAAGCAGUUACAAUAUUAUGCUUGUGUGAAAUGGUGAAAUAUUCACAGCCAAAAUGACAAAUUCCCAAGGCCAGUGUUCUACUUGUCUGUCACUGGAUGUGCCUUUGUCAAACUUUUGCCGUUGCCAACACACACCCUCUUUACUCAAGCAGUGCUGUGUUUGACAGAAUAGCUGGUAAAUACUGGCAGUCUGCCUAUUCGGUAGAUCUGACAUUGGGAAGAGUUUGAAAAAUGGAUUCCAAGCACAAGUGCGUGCGCCCUCUCUUGGUUAGAAAGAGAGAGUUGGGCAGGACUCUUAAAUGCAUUUAUUUGCUCAGUACGGUUGGCGCUAACACAGAGACGCUGAAGCUUGUGGACAUUUGGAUGUGAGAUUUGAGGGCAUUAAGGGGGAGAUUAGUCAGGAUUUUCCUGAUUUCAGGAUUUCAUUGUCAGGAUUUUUCGGAUUUUCAGGAUUUUUUUAAAGGAAUCCGUUAUUGAAAUCUGGAAUCCUGAGGUUUUACCAUCAAGGUGUUUUUACAUAAAAGUUUAUAUAAAACAAAAGAAAUGGGUGUGUUUAGGGGUUUAGGCGAAUACAAACUCAACCAUGGACGUUGCUCUGGAGCCCCCUGGCGAUCCUCAAACCCUCUGCUGAUUAUUUUGUGGAUUUUCAGUUUUCCCAUCAAUCUCACCUCUGUAAUCGUGUGUACUUGGUGAUAUGAGCUCACAAACCAGUAUACACACACAAUGUGUCCCGUAUGUGGAGCUCCCAGGAGUGUCUAACAAGCGCCACCUACUGGUCAUGCACUGAGAUACAUGUAGCCCUUCGCUCGUACCCCCCAUCCUGCAAACAGGACGUUGGGAACGGCUGAUCUCUUCUAGCUCUCAUUGGAUAGAUUUUGCGUGAGCUGUGAUGUACAUGCAGCACUGUCGCUGUUUAACAUACAAAGCGCGCGCUAGCUGCAUGCGAAGGUCAAGAUAAAUUACCAAUAAUGCAAUUUGUACUUCCUUCACAAGAUUCUGUGAAGCUCAUCAGCCCCUCCUAGCACCCUGUUUUUAGGGCGGGGGGUACGAGCAAAUGUAGCCCUUAAAACGUACCUAAGCAGUGUCUAGCGCUGAUCAAAUCAGCUCAAAGCGCCUCUAUUGUCCACAAGGAAAAAUGAUUAUUCAACCUCGACUGGACACGUGUAUGCUACUCAAUCAGAACCUAACAAAAUUUAGUCGAUCGUGACUUAUUCCUUAAAGUUUGACGUUGCCUUUCCUCAAGUGCAGAGGAAAGUAUAACUGACAAAAGUGACGUAACAAAUUUAUUCACCAAAGGCAUUAAUGGUUGCUUUUGCAUGCUUACGUUCAUCAUACAGGGCACUGCUAGGGUUAAAAACCACGCCUCUUUUUGAGUAUAUUGUCAGAACUGUUUUAAAGUUUUGAAAGAACACCAUACACUGGUUGAACAACAUCCAUAUGUAAAUAAGUGAUUGCUUGCAAAUAUUUUCUUUCAGUAAGGUUCAUUUUAGCUUUUAAAGAUAAAUAUCAAAAUGUGUGAAAACAAUCGGAAACAUAUUAAUGACCCACAUAUAAACGUGUUUUCUUUCCUUUUUUUGGUUUUGUUUAAUGUGCAGCUGUCAAAAUAUAUAAAUUGUAAAUGAUAGCAGGAAAAAAAAAGCUUUAACUACGUGGAAUUGUAAUUAGCAAUUAAAUAUUGACUGUUGAAAAUUUAAAACACAACCCUCCUAUUGUUUAACCAGUCACAGACAGUCAAAAAUUACUUCAACUUCCUCUGCCAUGCAUU